AUGGCCAUUGGCAAGCGAAAGGAUGUGUCGCCGAAUGCGGAACUGCAAACUGGUUCCAAACAGCAAAACAUCAAUGCUUCAUCAUCCUCAUCAUCUGAAACAUCUCUAGAAAAACGAUUGAUUUAUGGUUCCAACAGUCAAAUGAAGCAACAACCAAUUCCCAAUGAUCAUUCCACCACAUACAACGACGACGAUAUGCAGUUCUCACCAAUCCUGGACAAUAGAAAAGACAAACGAAAUCUCACCACAACGAUAGAGAAGAUCAAUAAUAAUUGUAAUGAUAAUAAUUCUAAUCUUUCUUAUGCCUCAGAUACAGAUGUCAUGUCAGCCCAAUUGGCUUUAAAUGAAUUAAUGGAUGUUAACGGCACAAUUAAAGACGGCACCAAAUUACGUGUCAUCGCUGCAUUAAAUACAAUACUGGCCUUGCAAAAAGAAGUGAAGGAUUUACGGGACAAAUUGUCCAAUUAUGAAUGUCAACAAUCUUCAUCAGGUGCAACCAACAACAACAAUAACAUGAGCAACAUUGCCAUCUUUGAACAGCUUAAAGAGAUGAAAAAAUCAAUCGAAUCAAUCAAUGAAAAAAUGACGAGAAGUGAUGUCCCGCCAGAGACUGUAGAGUACCAACGGCCGGAGUCCUUCGCCACUAUUUCAGCAACACCCGAAAUCCGAAUGCUCCAUUUUCUUUAUUUUAAAUGA